CGCGUGAAUAUGAAAGUUUCAAUCGCAAUUGUUUUAUUUGCUGCACUCGAAUUAUUUGUAGACUGUGCAGACAUCAGACUUUUCGGUUGUAAAGUUACACAACCUGAGUGUCCUAAUACAGACAUUACGUUUUUCUUGUACACGAGAGACACUCAAGAUGAUCCAGUUCAGUUAGACUUGAGUGAUCCAAGUUCAGUGAUAAGAGCGAAUUAUGCCAUAGACAGACCGUUAAAAGUGCUGAUUCAUGGCUUUACUGGCGACAAAGACUUUUCACCUAAUUCACACUUACGACCUGCUUAUUUUGAGCAUGGUGACUACAACAUAAUAUCAGUGGAUUAUAAGGAACUAGCUAAAAGUCCAUGCUACCUUAGUGCAGUCAGAAACUUACAGACGGUCGCAAAUUGUACAGCACAAUUAAUAAACUAUUUUAUUGAUCAAAAUAUUUUUAUUCUCGAUGUUAUCCACGUGAUUGGAUUCUCUUUAGGUGCACAGGUGGCUGGAAUGGUUGCUAAUUAUAUGCCUGAAGGAAGGAACCUAAGACGAAUAACAGGAUUAGACCCCGCCAAGCCAUUGUUCAUCAAUGUUGGUAGUGACGGUCGAAUUGAUAGUUCAGAUGCAGAUUUUGUCGACAUAAUUCACACAGACGUGUUUGACAGAGGCUUGCUUGUUCCACUAGGCGAUGUAGAUUAUUAUGUAAAUGGAGGAUUUAAUCAACCUGGAUGUUAUGAACAAAUAGAAUUGUCACCAGGAAGUUGUAAUCAUGAUCGAGCACCAACAUACUAUGCUGAAUCAAUAAACUCCGAAGAGGGAUUUUGGGGAUUUCAAUGUGCUCACUGGUACCUCUACGUCCUUGGUGUCUGUCGAAAGGAAGACGAUGAUACACUCUCAUUAAUGGGAGAGUAUGCCAAUGACACGUCAAGAGGCCUGUACUUCCUGAGUACACAUAAAGAGAGUCCGUACGCACGUGGAAAAGACUUUUCUAGCAACAAUUGGGCUUUCUCGAGUUGGUUUGCUGGCACAGAUGUUGACAGAAAUCAGAUUUGAAUCAUCAAUCAUAUUUAAUUGAAUUUAAGGCAGAGUUGAGAGAAUGGGAUGGUCAGUGAUGCUCAGGAACUUGCGAUAUGGAAGCUUUACUAUGCUUGCAUACUUCUACUUGAUUUUUGUGAAAUAUACAAGAUUUAUGAAACCAAAUAUACAAAAAGUUACUAAAAUGAUAAACAACCAGCAACAACCAGUAAUCUCAAACUCUUUAAAUCCAUACCAAAGAGACAACAACGCAUUCUGCAGAAUUCAAACAUUUUCACGUCACGUUUUAUUUUCGUUACAUUUAAUACGGGAAACAAAGUCACAGAUCUCUUUCAUUCACCUUUUUACUCCGCUAGUUAAAUUGGAACCGACUGUAUUUCUUAUUAAAUUUAUUGCCACUUUAAGUUAUUGUUUUGACCACAAUGUAGAUUGUUAGAAAAAGAUAAAUAAUGAAAUAAAAGUAAAUAAUAACAAUUAAGAAAGA